AUGUCAAGUUUUGCUAAUUUAUUUGGAAAGUCUACAAAAGUGGAUGAAAAUAUAGAGCAGUUAUUCAAAAACACAAGAGAUGGGCCGGUUUCGAAGGAUGAACUUGUGAAGAAACAAAGAACUGUGAUAAAAAUUCCAAAGGUCACUGCUCCUAAACAGCAAACCAAUGAAAAUGAGUCUACUUUGAACCAAUCUGCUAAUGAAUCAGACGAAGAAGAAGAAGAAUAUAAUGAUGAAAGUAACGAGGGUGAUGACAGCGACGAUGCCGAACAAACUGAACCUACAUCUAAAAAUGAUGAUGAAAAUGAAAACUUGGAAGCACAAUAUUUUGACAAAUUGUUAAGUGAACAAAAUGAAGAGCAAGAUGAAUCAAAGGAAUCCUCUGAGGCAAAAUCUUCAAAGGUUGCAGAAGAACGCACCAAGGCAAAAGUUGCCACUACUGUUGAUUUAAAAGAAAAGGAAUUGGAAAAAGCUGAUAGAACUGUAUUUGUUGGAAAUGUUCCAGCAGACGUUAUCACAUCGAAAAUUAUUGCCAAAAACUUCAAAAAUUUGUUUAAACAUUAUGGGAAAAUUGAUUCUAUCAGAUAUAGAUCCAUUUCGUUUGAUGAACAUUUGCCUAGAAAAGUUGCAUUUGCAAAAAAGAAUUUACAUAAAUCAAGAGAUUCGGUAAAUGCCUAUAUUGUAUACAAAGAGAAACCUGCAUCAAUUGCUGCUAAAGAAUUAAAUGCCACUGUGUUUGAAGACCAUCAUCUCCGAGUUGAUCAUGUUUCACAUCCAGCACCUAAAGACAACAAAAGAACUAUUUUUGUUGGUAACUUGGAUUUUGAAGAAAAAGAAGAAACUUUGUGGAAAUAUUUCAAUAGUAAACUUGAUCAGGAUGUUGAGUCUGUAAGAAUUAUUCGUGAUUCAAAGACUAAUUUGGGUAAAGGUUUUGCAUUGGUACAAUUCAAAGACACUUUAUCUGUCAACAAAGCAUUAUUAUUAAACGACAAGCCAUUGGAAACUGGAACCCAGAAAAAAGGUCGUAAAUUGAGAAUUUCAAGAGCCAAAUCUAAUGCUAAACCUUCCUUAAUGUCACCUAAUCAUUUUGAUAAUCAAAAGAAGAAGUUUGCAGCUGGUAAAUCUCAACAGAAAUUAAAUGACAAUCAAAAAACAAAAAUUGGAAGAGCUCAAUCAACAUUAGGUAAAGCCGAUAGAUCUACUGUGGGAAAAGCUAAAAGAAUUAUCUUGGAAGGUCAAAGAGCCACUAAAGGAGAGGCCAUAAAGGGAAUAAAAGGAUCAAAGAAAGGUAAAAAAGUAAAGAAACCAAGAAUUAGAGAAAGAUCAACAAAGUUUAAGGAAGAAAGAAAAACAAUGAAUAAAGUAUAG